AUGGACAGUAGAAGCCUUCCUUUGGAUAACAGCUCUGUGGCCAACCGGGAACAAGAUAUUAAUGAACUUCAAGACAGUUAUCACCAAGAUUACUCUCCGUGUCCUUUGUUAGGUGAGAUAAAUGUCUUCGUAACGGUGGCCAAAACAGCAGCAUAUGUGGUGAUAGCAACAAUUUCGUUGAUCGGAAAUCUUUUGAUAAUAAUUGUCAGCGGAAAAUCGAAUCGUACGCGGAAGGUAGCUUACAGCCUCAUUGUGAACAUGGCCGUUGCAGAUCUAUUGACUACAAUUAUAAACGUGCCCGAAUCUCUUGUAGUGGAAAUAAGAGACACAGACGAAUGGAUGCAAGGUGUAGUGGGUGUGAUACUGUGCAAGGGCUUGCCGUUCUGCCAGCUUAUCUCUGCUUUCUGUUCCAUUCUUAGUUUACUAGGCAUUGCGCUUGAUAGGUUUUUCGCAGUUUGCCUGCCACUCAAGAGAAUAUUGACCCGAAAGCGCUGUAGAAUCAUCAUUGCAAUCUCUUGGAUGAUACCCUUUAUAGCAAGCGCACCGGUGCUAGUUGCAAAUAACGUGACGAAUACGGACGGUCUCCUUCUUUGUCUUGAGCAAUGGCCAGCUCCUUUCAACUCAGCAAAGGCCUCCAGAGAUUAUACGACAAUCCUUUUCGUUCUGUUUUAUGUGUUCCCGCUUAUCACUAUGGCAACGUUGUACAUUAGGGUUAUCUAUGUAAUCUGGAAGCGAAAGCAUCCGGGAAAUCUCUGUAGCAAACACAAAAUAAUUCAUUCCAGAAGCAAAAAAAGAGCUCUGAAAAUGUUCGUGACGGUUGUUAUUUGCUUUGCGCUAUGCUGGUUGCCGUACCAUGUGGCGUACUUUUUAACAGCCUACGAUCAAAAAUACUACAAUUGUGGCCUUCCGGAAAAUGUGGACUUUGUUGCACUCUUCCUUGCCCACGCUUCGAGCGCAUUUAACCCAUGUAUCUACAUGAUAUUUGAUAAAAAAUACCGCGUUAGCGCCAAGCGUAUAACAAAAAACAUUUGUUGUACCUUUAUGUAA